AGAAACUCAUUUAUCUUCGAUAAAAUAAUAGAAACAAACAGGAUGAAGAACUUUUGCUUUGUUUUGUUUUUAAGUGACUUUUUUGGACAGUGGUGGGGAGAUCGGUGCGGGUCAUCUUAACGAAUAAGCUUUCACUUUGUCGUCAGCGCAGAUUAAUUUAAGCCGUUUUGUUAUACCGUAAUUUACGUCAAAGAGUUAAGAGGGUUAAAGAAAGAGAGACAUCUGAAUUUGGUAUGAUAAAAGAAGCUUCAGUGCUCACGCUGAGCAACCUUCGCAGACAGAGGAGAUAAAAGAUAAACCGAUCAACCUGCAGUAUGUGAUGUCUCCAAGCACAUGCAAGGGGAAAAAAGAAAAAGAAAACGCUGACAGGUACUCCAGGACAAUAUCUCAUCUGUUUUAGACAUGGAGAUAAAACGAAAAACACACAUGUUUAAACUGAAAUUUAAAAAAAAUCAACGACGUUUAAGGCAGUUUUCACAGCGGAAAACGUCACUAAAUCAUAUUAAAGUAAAAGAUGGACAAAUUAUACCCCCAUGCAUGCAGAUGCAAAUGUGAUCACACCUGUUUAAAAAAAAUUAUUUUUUUUUUUAUAAGUUUCUCGUUGAUACCCCUGGAUUAAAAAAAAAAAGAUGAUAUCUUUUUAUUUCGUAUUUAUUUCACAACUAUAAAAAGUAAAGUAUUUGAUGAGGGGAAGCGAUGUUCUCCCACUUAACGGCCUAAAAAACGUGCGCGCUAUAGUGAUUAAGAGCUUCCCUAACGUGUGGCGAGAUUUCAGAGUGGAGGGGAGCUAAUAAUAGGCUUCCCCGCUCUCCAAAUGAGAUUGCUGUAAGGCGAUUCCUUGAGGCAGAGACAAGUUCAUCUUCGUUAAACCGAGACGCAAAAAAUUGACCUCAGGCAGCGUCCUGAUCCAGACUCCAUGCACUAAUGCUUUCAGGGAUACUACCGGCAAGGGCUUACCGAAAACUGGUGUGCCGCGCGGUCUACACCAUGUACGAAGGGCGAAGUGUGAUAAACAAGUCAACCUUUACCAAAAUUGAAGAAAACAACGAAAAGAAGAAUUCAUCAGAGAAAGGGAGAGCGACAAUCAUCUUUUCCUUGAAGAAUGAAGUUGGGGGGCUUGUAAAGGCACUCAAACUCUUCCAGGAAAACCACGUGAACCUUGUACACAUUGAGUCCAGGAAAUCCAAAAGACGCAACUCUGAGUUUGAAAUUUUUGUGGACUGUGACAGCAACCACGAGCAACUGAAUGAAAUCAUCCAGCUGCUUCGGAAGCAUGUGAAUGUGGUGGAUAUGGAGCCUCCAGAUAACUCCUGUCUACGCGAGGAAGAUAUGUAUGAAGUACCCUGGUUCCCAAAGAAGAUUUCAGAUUUGGAUAAGUGUGCUAACCGAGUCCUGAUGUAUGGAUCUGAACUGGAUGCCGACCAUCCGGGUUUCAAGGACAAUGUCUAUCGGAAAAGGCGAAAGUAUUUUGCAGAUCUUGCCAUGGCCUACAAACAUGGAGAUCCCAUUCCUCGUAUUGAGUUCACACAGGAGGAAGUGAAGACUUGGGGUGUUGUGUACAGGGAGCUCAACAAGCUGUACCCCACCCACGCCUGCCGGGAAUACUUGAAGAACCUGCCACUGCUGUCCAAAUACUGUGAAUGUCGAGAGGACAACAUCCCUCAGCUGGAAGAUGUCUCACGCUUCCUCAGGGAACGUACUGGAUUUACCAUCAGGCCUGUGGCAGGUUACCUGUCCCCCCGUGACUUUCUUGCUGGUUUGGCAUUCCGCGUUUUCCACUGCACCCAGUAUGUGCGGCACAGCUCCGACCCCUUGUACACCCCUGAACCGGACACAUGCCACGAGCUGCUGGGCCACGUCCCGCUGCUCGCAGAGCCCAGCUUUGCCCAGUUUUCUCAGGAGAUUGGUCUCGCUUCACUUGGAGCCUCCGAUGAUUCAGUUCAAAAACUGGCCACUUGCUAUUUCUUCACUGUGGAGUUUGGUCUAUGCAAACAAGAGGGGAAGCUGCGAGCUUAUGGAGCUGGACUCCUGUCAUCUAUCAGUGAGCUCAAGCAUGCGCUCUCUGGUAAUGCAAGGAUAAUGCCUUUUGACCCCAAAAUUACAUCCAAGCAGGAAUGCAUCAUCACAACGUUUCAAGAUGUCUACUUUGUGUCAGACAGCUUUGAGGAGGCCAAAGUCAAAAUGAGGGAGUUUGCCAAGACCAUCAAGCGUCCCUUCACAGUUCGAUACAACCCCUACACCCAGAGUGUGGACGUGCUAAAAGACACUCCCAGCAUCAACAGUGUGGUGGAGGAGCUGCGACACGAGCUUGACAUCGUCGGUGACGCACUCAGCCGGCUGAACAAACAGCUGGGUGUCUGACUGCGCACAGUUCACAUGGAGUUACACCGACAGUCUGUCAUCCCCGGCACUGCUGUAGAGACGUUGCUUGUGUGUUGUCCUUUGCCAGUAACAUGAAUGAGCAUCGGUUUUAAGCCAAAAUGCUCUGUUGUCUCCACUGCAUGGUUUAUAUAGCUUACACAAUUUACAGGUGCACUAGGUAUGUUUAGACACUAACUUUAAGAUAUUUGACAAACCCAAAGAGCUGCUUAAUCUGAGGUACUAUUUGGCUUCUAUGUUGCAAACAGUUUAUGUGCUUUGAUGGUACUUCAGUUCACUUUUGAAACACUUCCAGCUGUUACAGACACCUCCAAUUGUUAUUUCUGCUUUUGUAUAUGAUUGUGUGAGUUUUCUUUUCUUUUUUUGUAAUUCAUUUCAUUCUUCUUCUUCAUGUUUAAUACUCCUCUCUUCAAUGAAAUGUUUAAAAUGUACCUUCUUUGUAUUUGUCUUUUGGUGUGUGUGUAAUUUUCCUUUUUUGUGUGCUGUUGAGGGAAAUUAUGAAAGUGACACCUUUAAAUAGCUGUUGUUAUAAGAAUGCUCUUGUGAUUGAUUAUGAUCGAUUUGGCCCAUGUCAGCGAUUACUUUACAGUGAUGAUUUUGAAUACCUCCUGUUGAAGUGAAUUCAAUUGUAGAACUCCAGAAAUCAAGACAUUAUUUUUCUACUGUAAAGAAAUAUAGACAUUAGAACUAGGGUUGUGAAUCAAACAAAAAAAAUUGAAUAAAAAAGUCCUUUGUGUGUUUAUAGCAUGUCAAACAGUUGUUUAAUUGUUGAUUUACUACUUUUAUUAGUCCUUGUGGAUGUAACUUUGUUAUUGAAUCCUGAGGAUGAUGCUGCUGUUGAUGAUAGAGAUGCAAGAUGAUGGCAGCGAAGACUCUGAAAGUGAUUAUAACAAUUAUUUUGAGGCUGGAGUUUGCAAAAUCUCAAUAAAGUGUUGUAGAAAAAAAUA